AGCAAACGUCCGUAGACGAGGAGUUACACGGGCCAAGCGUUCCGCCAAACAUGUCGCUCUACCCUCCUGCGUUGCUGCUUGUCUGUCUACCCGAUCGACAGCCACCGCUCCCGAUGCCCCAGCGGUAACGUGAAAGUGCGUUAAUGUCUGCAAUGAAAGAUUAGGUGACCGUGCGGGUCGGAGCUGGCAGCGCAUUGCGACCACGGGUUACCGCUGACGUGGGCUCGCUCAAAACUCAAGUGAUACCUCCUUACCACAAGUUCGGGAUCGCUUUUCUCUUGAUUCCUAAACAUCGGCAUUUGUCCUCCAUUCUGCCAUUGCCGGCUUACUGAAGCCUAUACGAAACGUGCACUCCACAAGUCUGGGCCUGGAAUUCGAAUUCACUUCGUGCUCUUUAAGUUAUGCCACCACUACUUCCGCCUCUGGCCCAAAGCGAAUCCAAAAAGCGAUUUUUCGAACGUUUGAUGUUGGAUCCUGACGAACCCAUACACCGCAAAUUAUAUGGACUGAUGAAGGCGGAGGCUGUUGAGGGACGCUCCCGAAUUGCAUCCAGUCCAGAAGCUCUAAUCCCGUCCCUGCGCAAUGAUCCUAAAGUCGAGCCGCCUUACAGCAAUGCUCAAAUCAGUGAAGCGGCCACUCAACGGGAGAUUCUGCGAAUAUACGAACGGGCCCGGCCGGAAACUCGACGAUACUACGAACUGGGACGUGACACUGAUCGUAUGAAUGAGGACAACUGGAUUAUCCGCUGGAUGCUAUGGCACGUCAAUCGAUAUCGAGACAAUCGGAAUCAUCACAAAAAGAAGUCACGCUCCCCUUCGACCGUGCGCGACUCGAUCAGUCCUGCGGCAGAGACGGUUCAGCCCACCUCGCGUCCUUAUUGGGAUCCUGUCCGACAUUCGUGACCUGAAACUGCUUCUAAUUUCUAUUCUUGAGACCACCUCCUCGACCCGGAGGAGCUGCGAUGCGCCCGGCCAGGGUGCGCAAAACGUAUGACAGAUGUCCGGGAGGAGGGAGGGCUCCUCUCGCACACCAGGAUGCUCCAAAGCUGUGUGCGCGUGUGGGCGACAUACACGGAAAUGAAUAUAGGAGAUGCGCACAGGAUCGUGCGGCAUCGACGAAGAUAUAACGUAAAUGCAAUCAAUAAUCGUAAC